AUGGCCUCACCCAAUCAAGGCACAGAAAAAUUAGGCCGUCGUUGGCUCCCUUCAGCGCCACUGUGGCCCCGUGAGACACCCUCCACUCGACAACGACGGUUAGUCUGUGGCCGAAAUUUGGUGGUUCUGCUCGUCGUGGUUGGUGCUUGUUGUGUUGCUCUAUUCCGGGCAUCUGGCCUCGCCGCAACCGCGGUGCUGUCAACGUCUGCUGCGUAUGCCUCGCUCUAUGGCGGAUCUGACAAUGUCGCGAGGCCCGGAAACAAAUGGGCGUCGGAAAGCCUACCAAAUGGCGACUGGCCCAAAGACCAGUAUCUCCUUGGCGUGGGCAAGGCCGAUAUCACUGGACCUGUGGUAGAAAUCAACAUGAUGGGCUAUGCAGAUUUCUCCCAGAUUGGACGCGGCCUGCGGCAGCGACUAUAUUCGCGGGCCUUCAUUGUCGGAGAUAUGAACAACCCCGAGGACCGCUUCGUCUACCUGGUUCUCGACAUUCAGUCCGGUGAUACUGCCGUUCGAUAUGGAAUCCUUCGUGGCCUGGAGGCGCUCGGCUCCCGGUAUUCCAUGUACGGCCAGGAUAAUGUUGCCGUAACCGCAACGCACUCCCACUCCGGACCGGGAGCGUGGCUGAACUAUCUCCUGCCUCAAAUUCCGAGCAUGGGGUUCGACCAACAGAGCUACCGGGCGAUUGUUGAAGGAUGCAUAUUGUCCAUUCGACGGGCGCACGAGAACCUCGCUCCAGGAUACUUGAGCGUGGGUAAAACAAAGAUUAUGAAAGCAAACAUUAAUCGCAGUUUGUUUGCCUACCUUGCCAAUCCCGCAGAAGAACGGGCCCGGUACAAUGUCAGCUCAGAAGACGACGGUUCCGUUGAAAAGGACAUGACCUUGCUAAAGUUCCAACGAGCCUCGGACAAGAAGAAUAUCGGGGUGCUCACCUGGUUUCCGACACAUGGGACCUCCAUGCAAGCCAACAACACCCUUAUUACCGGGGACAACAAGGGCCUCGCGGCUGACUUGUUUGAGAAGCAGGUCAAGGGCAGCGGGUGGGAGGCAGACAAUUUCGUCGCAGGCUUCUCGCAGGCGAACAUGGGUGACGCGAGCCCAAACAUCCUGGGUGCUUGGUGCGAGGAUGGAUCUGGUCAGCAGUGCGAUUUCAAAACGAGCGCUUGUAGUGAUGGAAAGAGCAACCGGUGUCGAGCCAGGGGACCGAAAUUCGGAAGGAACGACUACGGUGCGGCCUCUUGCCUCGAGAUUGCUCGGCUGCAGCACGAAGCCGCGAGGAGCAUCUACAACUCGUUGAGCGGCCAGGCACCAAACAUUCGGGGAACAGGCGUAAAGGCGACUCACAGAUUCCACGACAUGUCCUUCUACAAAUUCACAUUGCCCAACGGAUCGGAGGCGCAAACGUGCCCGGCAGCGCUUGGGUAUGGCUUCGGGGCCGGGACCUGGGACGAACCCGGUCAUUACGAUCUUGUGCAGCACGCGUCCUCUGCCUCGAAUGCGAGGUUCAUUUGGCGGCUCAUGACCUGGCUCCUCAAGCCACCAACUCGGGGCCAGGUAGCCUGCCAACACCCCAAGUCCAUUAUUCUAGACGUCGGCGAGGUUAGCCAGCCAUACGCGUGGACUCCCAACGUGGUUGAUAUCCAGACGUUUAGGGUGGGCCAACUUUUCAUCAUCGUGAGCCCCGGCGAAGCAACGACGAUGGCCGGACGGCGGUGGAAGGAGGCCGUGGCGGAACAGAGUAUUCGGGCUUUGUCCAAUGAGCUAGACGGUCAAGACCCUGUCGUGGUCCUCGGAGCACCAAGCAACAGCUAUACACAUUACAUUUCGACACAAGAGGAGUACAAUAUUCAACGCUACGAAGGUGCCUCUACGCUGUACGGGCCACAUACACUUGCUGCGUACAUAGACCGCACUAUUGCGUCCAUGAAAUAUCUCAAAUCCAACAGUCCGAGUCGAGAGCACCGGGCAAAGAACAAGUACCCGCCAGACAAUAGCGGACGGUCCAUCAGCUUCAUCAUCGGUGUUCUCUUCGACAGGACGCCCUUGUCCAAGAACUUUGGAGACGUAGUAUCCGACGUUGCCAGUGCUAGCCACAGAAGGGGUGAAAAAGUCUCGGCAUCCUUUGUGGGAGCCAAUCCUCGCAACAAUCUGCGCCUUGAGCAAACGUACGCCGCUGUCGAGUAUCGACCGUCGGCAAAUUCGCCGUGGCAACGAGUUCGAGACGACUCGGACUGGGGGCUCAGCUUUUAUUGGCGAAGAACGAGCAAGAUACUGGGCCUAAGCGAGGUCGACAUUGAGUGGGAUGUAGAAAGCGAUGCCCCGACAGGAGAGUACAGGCUACGAUACUACGGUGAUUCGAAGUCGAUGCGAGGAAAGUUGACGGCGUUUGAAGGAGCGAGCUCUGCAUUCAGCGUCGUGUGA